UCAUCCCUUAUCUUUAGCAAAGUGCCCAUCCCAGUGAUCCCCCCCCCCCCACUGCACACACACACACCACGCCCAUCACCCCCUGCCCCUACCAGAUAAGCCACCACACUCAAAGACAGAAAAGACAUCUUUCUUUCUCUCCUUUGAUCGUUGUUCUUUUUAUGCACAUCCAAUUGCUUGCGUCUCAGGUGUAGCCUACCUAUUCACCUGUGGUCAGGUGGCAGAAUAGCUUCUUUUCCACAACUGACACCGGUCACUCUUGCCACUGGGCGCCACAGAGCCGGCUCAUCAUCCUCGGCCAUCAUCUCCUCCUCCCGCGGUUUAAUGUUUAGCUCAGGACAAGCGCAGGACGGGGCAGGAGAGGAGAUACUGAAACAGCGGCGGCGAGCGUGACGGCGGCACACACACACACACACACACACACACAGUGAUCUUCUGAGAUGAGACUGAGCCUGAGAACAGAGCAGCACUGAGCGAACAUGGAGACUGGAACUCGAUCAUGGAAAAGAGUGGGCGCCAGGCUGGCAUCAAGGGACAGAGGAGACACAGAAGCACCUGCUUCUGAGUCACCCGGCGGCCGCCAGGCAGCCCCACAGCAACCUCUGUCUCCACUGGUGCGGCUCUACAUCUACGCCCUCCACGGCCUGCUCUGCGAGGUGGCCUUCACUGCCGCCUGGGACUGCUGCCUCACCCGCGACCCCCGCCUGCCCGGGCACACCAGCCUCUGGGCACUGCCCAUCUACGGCUUGGCCGUCUUCUUCGUGGAGGAGCUGAGCUUGCGGCUGAAGCGCAAGAGUUGCCCCCUGGUGGCUCGGCUGGCCCUCUACACCGUCCUCACCUACGCGUGGGAGUUCAGCUGGGGCUUCGUGCUCCGACUGCUGGGCGCGUGCCCGUGGGACUACUCCCAGUUCCAGUACAACUUCCUGGGCCUGGUCACGCUGGAGUAUGCCAUUCCCUGGGCCCUGGCAGCGCUGAUGGCCGAGACGCUCGUGGUCCACUACACAUUAAGGUUACGCCUGCAGAGCUGAGGGAGAUGACUCAGCAUGGUGCUAGUGACCUCAGACAGAUGGAGUCAAUACUCAGGAAGGACAAUUCUUUCUUAUUUGUUAUGUCUUAUGAGUGGCUGCCUGAAGUGGCUGGAUGUUCUGUGUUCUGAAUGAAAAAAGUCAAUGUCGUUCCUGUAAGGGGAACCUUGUUAAACUAUCACAAGAACUGGUGGGUUCUCUUUCAUUCCAUUCCAAUUCAUUCCCAUUCUGAGACAGAAAACAAUCUGAUAUUGACAAAAAGUACACAAAUAAUGCAUGGGCUACUGGGAAAUGUAUAUAUAUAUUUUCUACUCUCAGGCCUAGUUGUCUCCUUUGUAGAAGCUCUCUCAAACCCUACAACUACACACUGCAUCUUGAAAGCCUCUGGCAGUUUCAGGCUCUGUGGUGUAUUUUGCAGCCCUGAAAUAGAUAUGCAGUCAUACCUUGUAACAUCUUCAGUGGAACAUUAAUCUAUGCAAAAAUCCCUCAGGUACAUGCCUACAGUGCACUUCAUGGAGAUGUUAAUUACUUGCCACAUACUACCUUUGAGUGCAAUGUCAGCACAUCAAACCAAGACUCUUGUUUUCAAGCCUCAACCAAAAAAUCUGAAGGUUUAUAGAUGGACAGCAACACAGACUUCAUUGUGUUGGAUCACUAGCAUUCUACCAGGAGGACUUCACUCAUCCAUGCAUACUUGGACUUUUUUUAGUGUAUGUGGCCACUUUCAUAGUGCAACUCACAUGAAAAGCACAAAUACACUGCAGUACUUCUGUAGUUUAUGUAUAUUAUUGUCAUUGCUCUCUUCCUCCUUGCUCACUCACUCUCUCUCUCUCUCUCUCUGCCCUAUAAGCCAUUGCUUGAGUGUGAGUAAUUUACAGAAACCAAUAGAGAAAUGCAUGCUUUACUUGCUUAAUGAACAAUCCCCAUCUGACUGCAUUAGAACUGCAAUAACCCCUCAUGCUCCUGAUAACAACACAUUGAGAUAAACACCCCGUGCCCGCCCAGUUAGAGUAACUCCACUCAAGGACUAAUGAAUGACAGAGCUAAUGACUGACUGAGUGGAUGACUUCUCUGUGUUUUUUUUUUAAUCAUUAUUUAUUUAUUUUUCUUAUAAAUAAAGUUUAAGUUUAAUUGUUG